AUGGCUCCCCACGCUAGCGAUGCUGUUGCCAGCAACGGCGCUGCAUCCCGCUUCCACGCCUCUUCCACCGAUGCCGCCAUCGCCGCCGAGAACCAGUUUGCGGCUCACAACUACUCGCCUCUCCCCGUCGUCUUCUCCAAGGCUCAGGGCGUCAAUGUCUGGGAUCCCGAAGGCCGCCAGUACCUGGACUUCCUGUCUGCCUACAGCGCCGUCAACCAGGGCCACUGCCACCCCGAGCUUGUCAAGGCUCUCGUCGACCAGGCCUCCCGCCUUACUCUGAGCUCAAGAGCCUUCCACAACGAUGUUUUCCCCAAGUGGGCCGAGAAGGUCCGCAGCGUCUUCGGCUACGACAUGGUGCUGCCCAUGAACACCGGCGCCGAGGCCACGGAGACUGCCAUCAAAAUUGCCCGCAAGUGGGCUUACAAGGUCAAGGGCGUUGAGGAUGGCAAGGCAUUGGUCUUUUGCGCUGCUGAGAACUUCCACGGCCGAACUAUGGCCGCCAUCACUCUGUCCACCGAUCCCGAGUCCAAGGACAACUAUGGCCCGUAUGUCCCCAACAUUGGCGCCACCUCCCCUUCCACUGGCAAGCCCAUCCGCUACAACAACGUGGCCGACUUAGAGGAGGUUUUGGAGGCCCAUGGCAAGGACACCGCCGCCUUCAUUGUUGAGCCCAUCCAGGGUGAGGCUGGUGUUGUUGUUCCCGACGACGACUACCUGACCAAGGUCCAUGCCAUUUGCAAGAAGCACAACGUUCUCCUCAUCUGUGACGAGAUCCAGACUGGUAUUGGCCGAACUGGCCGCAUGCUCUGCUCUGAGUGGGCUGGCAUCAAGCCUGACAUGGUCACUCUUGGAAAGGCCAUCUCCGGCGGCAUGUACCCCGUCAGCGCUGUCCUGAGCAGCAAGGAGAUCAUGCUGGUUGUCGAGCCCGGUACUCAUGGUUCGACCUAUGGCGGUAACCCCCUGGGCUGUGCAGUGUCAAUCCGAGCUCUGGAGAUCCUUGAAGAGGAGGACAUGACUGCCAAGGCCGAGCGUCUUGGCCACAUCUUCCGCGAUGGCGUGGCCGCAAUCAAGUCGCCCAUUAUCAAGACGGUUCGCGGCAAGGGUCUGUUGAACGCCGUUGUCAUUGACGAGGCCGCUGCUUCAGGCCGCACUGCAUGGGACCUCUGCCUUCUGUUGAAGGCCAAGGGCCUCUUGGCCAAGCCAACCCACGGGGAUAUCAUCCGUUUUGCGCCUCCCCUCGUCAUCACUGAAGAGGAGCUUCGCAAGGGUCUCAACAUCAUUGCUGAGGCUCUGAAGGAGCUGCCCACCGUCGCUAAAUCCGAGGGUCACUAA